CAGAGGGCCAGCGGCAGGCAAGGUCUCAGAGAGGCGCCAGAGAUGAGUCACCUGUUGCCGUCAGGAGCUGCGCGCGCACGCGUCUCUCCCCCUCGCCCCCUCCCCCCGGCGCCCACCAGCGGGCCGGCGUCGCGACGCCACGACUCAGUAGCCCCUCGACGCGCGCGCCCGAACCUCCCUCCGGGAGUCAGGAACCCACUCCCACCGACAUCGCUAGGUGACAGCACGAGAAUGCCGGAGAGUCGUCGGCGAAGGUCGUGUCCCGCGGUCACCUGUGCCUCCGCAGAAACAGCUCGCUCAGGGGCGAAGCUCCAAGAGACUCCUCGUAACACCUCUUAGGAGUCACGCUUGACAUCCCGGAGAGGCGGUCCCGAAGGCACUCGGAGGAGGGUCCGAACACAGCGGCGCCAUGAGGGCGUGGUUCCCUGGCGUGGACGACGCCAUGUACCGCGAGCAGCGCGCCAUCAUCGCCAACCUGUCCAUGCACGAGCUCGUCCACCUCAUGGACCGGCUGCGGCAGUCCAACUUGACGCAGCAGCUGCUGCAGAACCGCUCGUGGUGGCUGGACCCCGGAGGCGGUGGCGGCGGCGGCGGCGGCGGCGGCGGGGAACUCUUCCCCGAGGACCCGGUGCUCGACUACUGCUACCCGCUGCUUGACGUGCUCGACUUCUUCCACCAGUACUACAUCCCGGCCAUCAUCCUCGUCGGCCUGGUGGGGAACUUCCUGUCGUGCGUGGUGUUCCUGCGCACGCACCUCAAGAUGCGCAGCUCCAGCUACUACCUGGCGGCGCUAGCGGCCGCCGACUUCGGCUUCCUGCUGAGCCUGCUGGUGGUGUGGCUCAACAGCAACGGCGACGUGGACCUGUUCGACCGCUGGGGGUGGUGCCAGGCGCUGGUGUACAUCUCCUCCGUGUGCAGCUUCCUCAGCGUGUGGCUGAUCGUGGCGUUCACGGUGGAGCGCUUCAUCGCGGUGCAGUACCCGCUGCGGCGGCCCACCAUGUGCACCGUGGCGCGCGCCAAGGCCAUCGUGGCGGCGCUGGUCGCCGUGGCGCUGCUUUCGCACACCUACUCGUUCGCGACGGCGGGGCUGGUGCUGCAGCGGAGCGGCGGCGGCUACGCGUGCGAGAUGCUGGCCGAGUACCACGAGACCAUGCGCGUCAUCAACGUGGUGGACACGGCCGCCACCCUGAUGGUGCCGCUCGUGCUGAUCGUCGUCAUGAACACCAUGAUCACCCGCAACCUGCUGCGCUUCGGCCGCCGCUUCAAGGGCCAGGAGGUGGUCGCGGCGGGCGAGCGCUCCGACAUCAAGCUGGACACGCUGCCCAUGGAAGACUGCGAGCGCGCGCGUCUUGUGGACUUGCAGAGCAGCAGCUCGAACAACAACAACAACAGCAACAACAGCAGCAACCACAACGGCGGCGGCCUGAGGCGGCACCAGUCCAACCAGUCCUUCCACUCGUCCAAGUCCAACAGCUCGCGGCCGCCGGGGGUGCGCGCCUCCGCGCAUGCGCAGCACCAGCAACAGCAGCAGCAACAACAGCAACAACAGCAACAACAACAACAACAACAGUCGGACCACGCGACCACGACCAGCCGCUGCCUGCAUAUCCGCUCCUCGACCAGUAACCUCGUGUCCACACGAACGCAGCAAAGCAUCACGAAAAUGCUCCUCCUCAUAUCCACAGUGUUCAUUCUCCUAAAUUUGCCCAGUUACGUGAUACGCCUGUACGUGUUCCUGUUCUUUUCGCUGUGGAGACAGGACACGCCUCCUUCUCUCUGGUGCGUGCAGCAGUUUUUCAUGCUCCUGUACUACACCAACUUCAGCAUCAACUUCCUGUUGUACUCCAUGUGCGGCAUAACCUUCAGGCGCUGCCUGUUGCAGCUCAUGCGCAAGUACCUCAAGACCCUCGGUCGCCACCGCUGCGGGCUGGAACGAUUCUCCUAGAUGUCCCUAGUUGCUCCUAUAUGCAUCUAGAUCCUCCUAUAUGCCCUAGAUGCUCCUAUAUGCCUCUAUAUGCUCCUAUAUGCUUCUAGAUUCUCCUAUAUGCUUCCAGAUUCCCCUAGAUGUUCCUAGAUGCUCUUAUAUGCCUCUGUAUGCUCCUAUGUGCCCCUAGAUGCCUGUAGAUGCUCCUUUAUGCUCUUAGAUUUUCAUUUAUGCUUUUAGAUUCCCCUAGAUGCUACUAGAUGCUCCUUGAUACUCUUAAGCUCGUAGAUUCUCCUAUAUACCUCUAUAUGCUUCUAUAAGAACCUAGAUGUCCCUAUAUGCCACUAUAUUCUCCUAGGUGAUCCUAGAUGCUCUUAUAACCUCCGAUAUUCUUCCACAUGCUUCUAGAAUGCCCUUAUAUGCUUCCUUGUGCCUGUAGAUCCUUCUAAGUGGAUAUAGAUACUCCUAUAUGAUCCUAAAUUCUUCAAAAUACUUCUAGAUGCUCCUAUAUGCUAUUAGAUACCUCUAGAUUUCCCUAGAUACUCUUAGAUGUUCCUAGAUGCCCUUGGAUGCUCCUUGAUGACCCUUUAUUCUCUUAGAUGAUUUUAGAUUCUCCUAUUAGACCCUAUAUUUUUACAGAUUUCCUUAUGCACUCCUAGAUGCCCCUACAUGACCUUAGAUUUUCAUAGAUGCCCCCCAGUUUACCGAAGAUAAGAAGCGGUCUAAACUCACAUCUAUAAUUUGACAACAGAUUGUCGGCUUGGCGAGAACUCUGUGUGUACCCUCUGCUCGCACGUGUCGUGAUCCAUGUGGAAUACCUGGAACCACCGCAGCGGUCGUUGUCGAGCUAGGUUCUGCCGCGGUUCUCCCGCGGUCUCAACACACCAGUUGAGUCGACUUGCCUCCUGUCAGCUGUCUUCGCUGAGGGUGCUGAUCGGCGGCUACACCUGCCUGUCUGACAGGCGACAGCAGUGCCGCUCAGCGAGAACAUGGCGCCUGCUCUGUUCAUGUCGUAGGGACACAUUUAUUGUGAAAAUCAAUUUACAAUAUUUUUAAUAAACUAAUUUUCUUGAUUUACUGUAAAAUUUUCAACUUUGAAAACGGUUUAAAGGUUGUACUUUCCUUCAGUGCAUAUGGUAAAUGUUAGGAUUGUUGUUCCUCUCACCGAUAGAUGACAUCGUUUCCAACUUCUGGGAUUCUGGACCUGUAUAACUUCAGCAGCCUCAGCAAGAAAUAAAGUCUCAACCCGGAUGGCGAAGACAUCAGUUCUCAUCAGCCUAAAGCCAGCAUUGAGAUGCAAGCAAACGCUCCUAUUGGCAGAACAUUAGAGAAUGCGGCCGCAAGAUGUUCAUUGUGUGUGCGCGAGUACUUCAACACGCGUUCCUUCACUCCAGUGGCGUAAAGCGCAUUUCUUAGGCGUUCAUUGAGAAGCCUAGCGGAAGUCACGACACACAAUCGUGGCGGGAAGCCGGUGCCGCCACAUUUGGGACAGCAGGUGAAAACUUUAACAUGUUGGGUUUCCCAAAUCACUGGCAUUAUUUAUUUGUGUCAAUAGAAUAAUAUACGUGUAUCUUAAGGAGAAAAUAAGUUCAAUAAUAAGAAUCGUGUUAAAA